UAUACAUCCUCCAUUGUAACGCAUGAAUGAACAUAUCGAUCGUAAAGAAGUAUGGGUUAUGGAGGGUGAUAGUUUGUUUGUAGGAAACCAUGAAUGAUACAUUCCACCAUGUCCGACACAAGUUGUGAUAUUAACACGAGAAGACGCUUUACACUUCUUGGUUGGAAAUAAUAGGAUUUAUCACAACAAUCUCCAUGACGUGGCUUUUUCGUUCGAUGGCACAGUUCCCGGAAUUUCCAUAACUUUGAAAUUGUGUACACAUUCAGGAAUUGGACAACUGAAUUAAUCGGAUUACGAAAUAUCACGUUUUUGUAUAUUUAUUUUCUCUAUAUAUCAUCGAACAACUAAUCUAGUGAUUUGAAUAUGAUUUUAGUUGUUUUGAUAAAUUCCAGUUCAAUAUAGAAGGCAUACAUGUACAAGGAACAAAUGUGAUAUGUCUGCUGUAUUUAGUGUUGUGCAGUAAGCCUGGAAACCAUGUGCUAACAUCAAAAUACAUCAUAUUUAAGCAAAACCAUUUUUUCGUGAUAAAGAUCUAGCGUAAAAUGGGAAACUUUUGUGGGCGAGGGAACAGGUCUGGUCCAAAAACCAGGACAGUUGUUCCAAACCAUACCCUUGAUCCAUCUAUCCAACACCGAGCUAAGAACCACCCAAACAAGGAUUUCCGAGGAAACCGUAUUAAAACCACUAAAUAUACGUUAUUGACGUUCUUUCCGAAAAAUAUCUUUGAGCAAUUUCAUAGAUUUGCAAAUUUAUAUUUCAUUCUGGUGGUGGCACUAAACUGGGUUCCACAAAUUCAAGCCUUUGGAAAGGAAAUUGCUAUGGUACCUGUGAUAUUUGUGCUAGCUGUCACCUGUAUAAAAGAUGCCUUUGAAGAUUUUCGUCGUUACAAGUCUGACCAAAAAAUCAACCAUACACAAUGUCGUUUAUAUAAAAGUGAUGAAGAACGCUAUGUGAAGGGGGAGUGGCAUGAUAUCCAUGUUGGGGAUUUUGUCCAUCUGUCCUGUAAUGAAAUAAUACCGGCAGACAUUGUGUUGGUGAAGUCUAGCGACCACCAGGGAAUCUGUCAUAUAGAGACCUGUAACCUGGACGGAGAGACAAACCUUAAACAAAGACAGGCAGUCUAUGGUAUAGAUUAUGGAAAGGAUGGAUUCAAGGCAAAGAUGUUUGACUUCACUUUGGAAUGUGACCUUCCCAACUCAGAAAUCUACAAGUUCAAGGGAUACAUGAACAACAUUAAUCCUGACAACAGAAUCAACCAGGGUGACAAGAUAUCCCUGAACAAGGAUAACUUGUUACUGAGGGGCUGUACUGUCCGCAACACCGAUUAUGUGGAGGGCAUUGUGGUGUAUGCAGGGCAUGACACCAAAGCCAUGUUAAACAAUAGAAAUCCUCGCUACAAACGCAGCAAGUUGGAGCGUCACAUCAACCGUGACGUGGUCUGGUGUGUCAUCCUCCUCCUCUUUCUCUGCUUCUUUUGUGCCAUUGCUAGUGGUAUAUGGCUGGGGGGCUACAAAGACCGUCACCUGGUACCCUUCAUUCCCUAUGAGAGUGAUGAAUGGUACAAUCCGUACUUCCAAGCCUUUGUGGUGUUUUUUACCUACAUCAUCAUCUACCAGACUGUCAUUCCACUGGCUUUGUAUGUGUCUGUGGAGUUGGUCAAGCUUGGACAGGUCUACUUCAUCACCAAUGACAUUCGCAUGUACUAUGAACCCAUGGACAAGAGGGUUGAGUGCCGUGCCCUUAACAUCACCGAGGACCUGGGACAAGUCGAGUACAUCUUCUCAGACAAAACAGGAACACUCACUGAAAAUCAGAUGGAAUUCAAAAGUUGUACUAUCAAUGGCAAAGAUUAUCCGCAUGCUCCUGAAUCGGAGGAUGAUAUGAGUGAGACUGGCAGCAGGUUCUCCUUAGCCAGUCGGUCCAGCACGGUGCCCCCAUCACUAGAAUCCUCGGCCCCUUUCGGAGGAGAAGGCUAUCACCUCGUGCUGGAGAACCUGAAUCUGGAGCCGGACUUACAGCGGGAGCUGUCAAAGAUGUGUAUGCGCAGCCUUAACAGUGUGGACCUGACCCUUCCCGACCCCCCGCCACUCACCAAGUCUGAAAAUACCAAAAUUAUACAGGAGUUUUUCCUGCUCAUGGCAAUCUGUAACACAGUUGUGGUAUCAACACAUGCCCACGAAGACCUGAUGGAUGAAAGUGGGAUAGUCCAUGACCCUCAUCAACAAAAACAUGACAAAGAGAAACAGAAGCUAAAUGAUUUCUACAGGAAGCUUCCAGAGCCAGCUGCAAAGAAAUCACAGCUGGCCCCUCUUGGUCAGGAAAACUCCACUCCUAAAUCUCUGGCCCUGCCCCCAAUCUCGGGAACAGCUGACUUCCAAAACAGAGAAUUGUACAAUCGUUUCGACAGCUCCAGUCCUGCCCUAACACCGUCCGAAGGUAGCAUCGCGGGAUCUUCCUUCAUGUCGGACAUGUCCCAGAGGACCCAGUAUGAAGCUGAGAGUCCAGAUGAGCUAGCUCUGGUUAAGGCGUCCUGUACCUACGGUUGUUGUCUAUUGAAGCGAUCCCCAGAUAAAGUCACUGUUUGGCUGCCAGCUGACGGCGAGGUGGAGUUCGAGACUUUAGAUGUGCUAACGUUUGACUCGACACGUAAGAGGAUGUCUGUGAUAGUCCGUAAUCCCGUCAGCGAGGAAAUCAUACUAUACACCAAAGGAGCCGACUCGCAGGUUCUCAGCGUACUUCAUAAGAAAUACAAACAGGAUCCCGUACUGAAGGACAUGGUGCGUAGAACAGAGGACCAUAUUUUAGAUUAUGCUGUGCGGGGAUUGAGGACACUUUGUAUGGCCAAAAAGGUUCUAGAUUUAGACUACUACAAAAAUUGGCGUGUUCGGUUUAAGGAGGCCGAUGCCUCAUUAGAAAAUAGAGAAGAACAACUCAUUGACGUGGCCUGUGAAAUAGAACAAGACCUGGAACUGCUUGGAGCCACAGGUAUAGAGGAUAAGCUGCAAGACGAUGUACCGGCCACAAUCUCCAAGCUACGGCGAGCCGGCAUCAAAGUGUGGGUCCUGACCGGGGACAAACAGGAGACUGCCAUCCAGAUAGCCUAUGCUAGUCAACUUUUUGAUACCAACAUGCAUAUCAUGGUGCUGAACGCCACAGAUAAGAACACCACAAGGGACCUACUAGAGGAACAUAUAACACAGAUUAACCGUAACAAGGAGAGUAGUCAGGUAGAGAAUAAACCUAAGAAGGAGUAUGCCCUCGUUAUAGACGGCCACACACUGGCAUACGCUCUCGACAAAGAACUUGAAGCCACAUUUCUGAAGUUGACCGUCCGGUGUAAAUCAGUGGUAUGCUGCAGAUCCACACCCAUACAGAAGGGCAUGGUUGUGAAACUAGUCCGUGACCAUCUACAGAAACUGACACUAGCGAUAGGUGAUGGAGCCAAUGACGUCAGUAUGAUCCAUGUGGCAGACAUUGGCGUGGGUGUUUCAGGCCAGGAGGGCAUGCAGGCAGUGAUGGCGUCUGAUUUUGCCAUUUGUCGAUUCCACCACCUCCAGGACCUGCUCCUGGUGCACGGCCACUGGUGCUACAGUCGGCUGGCUCGCUUCUCCUCUAUUAUGUUCUACAAGAGUUUGAUCCUGAUUUUCGUGCUCUACUGGUACCAGUUUGACAGUGCCUUCUCUGGAUCACUACAAUUUGACAGUUUAUUCACCAUGCUCAAACAUGUCCUGUUCACUGCCCUCCCCCCGAUUGUCAACGCUGUCAUGGACAAGGAUGUAUCCGCGGAAACGCUGCUCAGUAAACCCGAGUUAUAUAAAGUUGGGCCUCAGGACAAGUUGUACACUCGGAUGUCUUUCUUCAUGGCCCUACUGGAUUCCCUGUAUCAGAGUGUUAUCCUGUACUAUGUUAGCUACCUGGCGUACCUGUAUGAGCCUGUUGGAGUGUGGGAGUUUGGUACUACAUCGUUCACCGCUCUCAUCUUAACCUGCCUUCUCACCAUCGCUAUAGACACAGAAUCGUGGGUAUGGCCACAAUGGCUGACCACAAUUUUCAGUUUCCUGGUAUUUUGGUUCUUUGCUAUCCUGUCCAAUGCGGUGUGGUUUACAUUUGACCAUCCAGCCAAUCCCUACUGGGUGAUGAUACACACAAUGACCAAACCCAUCCACACCGUGGUCGUCCUCUUGUCCACGGUCCUGGCAUUACUACCCAGGUUUGUGAUAAGGAUUCUGCAGAGGACAAUACGACCUGAUGAAAUAGUGAUAUCUCAGCUGGAGGAGAAACUCUUAGAAUAUAAAGAAUCCGAUAUGGAAAUGCAGGAGAAUGACAACAUGACCAACACCACAGAAAUCACCACUGUGGACGACAGUCUACAAGGCUCCACGUCUACAUCUAGAAACCAAGAUACAGGCAUCAAAUUUAGAAAUGGAAGGCUUUCAAAACCCAGGCACUCCAUUCCUACUAACGAUUCCAUUACGUAAUCAAACUUCUGUAGAAUAGAUUAUGUGUGAAAACCAACUGGAAAUAUUUACCUUGUCUUUCAGGAAAAACACUCAGUGUUUAGUUGUUCACAUAGACAUAUAUAUAUAUUAAAUCAUGCAUUGUUUUUUUAAUCUAUUUUAUUGUUGAAUGUUUAUUAUAAACAGCUGUGUAGAGAGUCAUUAUAUUCUUUAAAGAGUACGAACCAAUCCGACUAUCAUUGUAGUCGAUAGUGAUGCUGUACAGAACUCUAUCUAUUAUCGUACUAACCAUAGACAUGUUGUUACCUUUCAAAUUAUAUAAUUAGUUGUUAGUCCUGAAAAAUACAAUGCUGAUUUGAUUUUGGGAUAAGUGAAAAUAAUUAAUAAAGGUUGGUUUGUAUGUUUGCAGGUAUUUUUGUAAAAAAUAUAUGAACAUUUUUUUUAAUGCUGAUAUUUUUCAAGUAAAAGUUUUUUCUUAUGUACGUAUACUCAUACAUUUAUUACAGAAUAUUUCUGAGGGGAACACAGAAACCACUUACAAGAAUAUUGUAAUAAAAUUGUGACAUUCCUAAGUACAUACCCCAUGGGUAUAAAAGUCAUCCAUUUCCAUUUCAGAUUAAUAUGGCAUGCAUAAUAAUGGAAAACUCUUGUGAACGUCAAAGGUAUCGCUCCAUCUUGAUGGUAUAAAGGUUUAUCUUUCCCCCUUGUAAAUGACAUUCAUUUGUCCUUCAUUACCUUCCCAAACUGACGACAGUUUCACAGAGACAUUUUGUCAUUCUAAAGGGGUUUGGUUAAGCGUUUGGGGAGAUGUUUGAAGAAAAGGGGGAAAAGGAAGCUUUGAUAUGUUGGCGGUAUCCGAUUGUAAAGAGGGAUAUUUUAUCGAGGUUUAACUGUAUAGGUUAAAGUCAUCUUAUGGGUCUCAUAGUUCAAUAAUUUUGUCCAAUCACCACACAAAACAUUACCAUAUUUUCGUCAAAGAUAAACAAAUAGUCAUUAUAUGUAGUAACCAUUGUCCACAUACAUAUAUAUUUUUGACAGAAAACAUACUUACCCAAGAUUGUAGUGUUUAUGUGGGCAGCAUUCUAAGUCAUGUGUUAUAUUUCAAAAGCGUGGGAAGGAAAUGAGAUCAUGUAUCUACUGUGCAUAAACUGCUGCCUAAUUUAUCCUUGAAAUUAAAAGUUUGACUUGUUUAGAUACUUAGAGCACCCUAGUUCAGUACGUGAGAAAUGGUAUGUGUGCUGACUGUUGCCAACCUGAAUAAUCCCUUGGUUAUUGCAUUUAUUAUCAUGUUAACUUUCCAUCGUAGUUUAACUGAAGAAUAGAUACCGGUUCUGUAUGUUCAUUUAGGUUUAUUAUCUAGAAUUAAAGUAUUCUGUCAUUUUAGUUAGCUUAGAGAAGUUUGAAAGGAGCACAUUUUCCCAAUACAGAUUGCACCUUUUGCAGUUUUUACAGCUCAAUUUAUUGCUAAUGUAAAUUGAAAUUAUAAAUGUGCUCCUGGCAGUGUAGAUAUGAAUAUGACGGAGGUCGAGGUUAAAUAGACAUUGAAAUUAAUUAUAGAUUUGGUAAAGUUCUUAAAAGAAUACAACAGUAAAAGCAAUCAUGGUCUAUGUGCAAUACACUGAAGCUUCAUUCGUCUAUAGUCGACCUUGAUCAUAGUGACUUGGUAAAGUUUCCAUCCGAUGACAACAACCAUAUUAUCAACAAUAAAAUCUACGUAAUUUGAACAGGACCAAAUUUGAAUGAGAUUGUGGUGAUCAUCUUGCUGUUAAUGUAAAUAUGUUUGUGCGGAGCAAAAUCUCAUAACAAGCAUCCCAAAUACUUGCUUUCUCAUUCAACAAAUAUUAUAACUAUCACAGUAAGACCGUCUCAUCCCUGCAUCUCAUUAGUUCUGGGUACAGUGGGAAAUAUUCAUCAAUAUAAAUGUUUGCUGAAAACAAUUGCUCAAGUCACAGUAAAUCGAAAGGCUCAGAUACAUAAUGUAUUGUCAUACAACUUUAUUUAUAGAAUGAUAAAAUUAGCAGUCGUAGCUUACCUAUAGGUGGCAUAAUGCUGUUAGUUAGAUACAGUCCUAGCUUACCUACAGAUAGCCUGUCCUUAGUCACAUAGUAGCUUACCUAUAGGUGGCAUAAUGCUGUUAGAUACAGUCCAACCUUAGCUUACCUAUAGAAAAAAGAAAUGGUGCAAAUUAUAAUAGUGCAUACAUAGUAUUGCAGGCUGUUAAAAACAUUUGAAAUAAUAAGAAUUCAGAUUCUCUUUUCAUUUCUCAAUUUGGUGGAACGGCAUGGUUUGUAGUCUUUUUCCAGAAGAAAUGUUAGGGAGAGGAACAUUUUCUCAUUCAAAUUGAGCGCAUUGACGAUAAUAUAUCAAUAGAAAAAAUGUCCACCAUAUAAUUAUCACCUUGUAUGUGAACAUUUCUGAAAGCCACCAACAAAAACAAAGGUCAUGGAAGCUGAUCGUUUAUAACAACACCGCAGUCUACACACUUUAAACAAUCCACACCAUAUAGCAUCUACUUGUAGCAUCUUCAUAGAACAUCUUCCGAGAAUUUUCCAAAAGUAGAUUUUCAAUCUCGUGGUUAGAAGAAACAUCUGGAAAAAGAAGAGACUGCUAAUGGUGCUGUAUUUUUGUGUUGUAUUUUGUGAAGCGUUUGGGUUUUGUUUAUAACAUGUAUACCUGUUUAGGGUAUGUAAAGAUUGUCACACAGUUUGUGAUUAUAACAUGUAUAACUGUUGAGGGUAUGUAAAGAUUGUCACACAGUUUGUGAUUAUAACAUGUAUACCUGUUGAGGGUAUGUAAAGAUUGUCACACAGUUUGUGAUUACAUAAUGUAGGACCCUUUUGUUACGUUGUCUUCAUCAGCACCAAAUUUGUGACAUGUCUUUUUGAGUUUUUGUUUUUUUAAAGUGUUUGAUCAGUUUAUUGAUAUAACUAGUUAGUCAGCCAACUUUAAGUAUAUACAUUGGCCUUUUACAUUUUGGUGUUAAAACAAGAGUUUGUAAUGCUUGACAUUACCACGAGUAUAUUUGGGGAGAUGAUCGAGUGUCAGGGAUAGGGAGGGGGGCCGAAACAAAGCGAUACAAUAUAUGUACUAAAAACCUGAUCACAAGGAACAGAUUUAGAUGUAUAACAAGGCACCUAUUGACACAGUAUAGUUAUAGUUACAGCAGACCAACACAGGGGUUCCCGCGCCUUGUGCAGUUCAAGGAGUCGCAUAGGAACAUUUUCACAAACCAAAAUUUACACAAUUUUUUAUACAAGACUAAAAAUAACAGUAUAACUUCUUAUCUAUAUAUAAAACCUACAAUAUUAUAUACACUCAAACAUCACUGCUACAUAUCU